CUCUUACAUCCCAACCUCUUUGUGAAGUAAAUUAAACCAGCAAAGCCUAGCCCAUAUUAUACCACCACCAUGGUCCGUGAAAAUAAGAAGCUAGUCGAAGAGGUGUCCGGUUGGCUAAGAGUCUUCAACGACGGCUCAGUCGACCGGACAUGGACUGGACCUCCUGAGGUCAAGUUCAUGUCUGAGCCAGUGGCACCGCACAAAGAAUUCGUCAACGGAGUUGCCACUGAAGAUGUGAUCGUCGAUGAACCCUCUGGCCUUCGCGUACGGAUAUAUCUACCUGAGCAAAAGCAGGAGGGUCACGACGACAACAAGCUUCCCAUAAUCCUCCACUUCCAUGGGGGUGGCUUUUGCAUAAGCCAAGCUGACUGGUACAUGUACUACCACAUAUACACCAAGCUUGCUCGCGCCACAAACGCCAUUGUUGUCUCUGUCUAUCAAAGGCUAGCACCCGAGCACCGUCUCCCUGCCGCCAUCGACGACGGCUACACCGCUCUCCUCUGGCUUCGGAAGUUGGCUCGGGGUGAGCAAAAAGAGCCGUGGCUUCUGAGCUACGCAGACUUCAGCCGUGUGUUUCUUAUUGGAGAUAGCUCAGGAGGGAACAUAGUGCACCACGUCGCUGCUAGAGCAGGCACGGUGGAUUUGAGUCCCUUGAGGCUUGCCGGAGGGAUCCCGAUCCACCCGGGUUUCGUUCGAGCCGAGAGGAGCAAGUCUGAAUUGGAGCAGCCUGAGUCACCGUUUCUUACACUGGACAUGGUGGACAAGUUUUUGGGGUUGGCUAUUCCAGUGGGGUCCACCAAAGACCACCCGGUAACGUGUCCGAUGGGCCCCGGCGCCCCGCUGUUGGAUGGCCUGAAGCUGCCGCCGUUCCUUCUUUGCAUUGCUUCCAAGGACUUGAUCAUAGACACAGAAAUGGAGUACUUUGAGGCCAUGAAGAAGGCCAACAAGGAUGUGGAGCUUCUGAUUAACAAGGGGAUGACUCACAGCUUCUAUCUUAACAAGAUUGCACUAGACAUGGACCCUGAAACAGCUUCCGAAACUGAGAUUCUGAUUACAAGGAUCAAGGAGUUCAUCAAGAACCACUAGAAUAUUAUGGGACUUUGCGCGGAAAUUAAUAAUUGUAUUUUUAGACUUUUGCUUGUAGUAUUUUAUUUUCCUGUAUUUUGGGAUAUUGGUAAUUAUAUGCUUUUCAGGUUGAUGUAACUGGUGGUGUGGAUUAUGGAUAGGAUGAGAUGAGAUUUUGUCGUCCUUUUUGGAACUUUAUUA